AUGACUUCCACAGCCUCCACGGCUACCCCUGCCAAACAUGCCUUCGAGAAGCGGGUCGACGAGGUCAAGUCACCUAAGAGUGAUAUCAACGCCCUCAUCCUGGAUUACUUGACAAUGGAGGGUUAUCCUAACGCGGCCGCCAAGUUUUCAAAGGAGGCAAACCUCCAACCCCAGCAGGACAGCGCAUCCAUUCGUGCCAGGCAAGAGAUCCAGGCGUCUAUACACAGUGGAGACAUACAAGCUGCGAUCGAGACGUUGAAUGAGCUGGACCCUCAGAUAUUGGACGACGACAAGGCUCUUCACUUCUCGUUGUUGCGCCUUCAACUGGUGGAGCUCAUCCGGUCUUGCAAUGCUUCGGGGGGUGAUAUUGGUCCUGCACUGAAGUUCGCCACAGAGCAGUUGGGGCCGCGAGCCCCGACAAACCCGAGAUUCCUGGAGGACCUGGAAAGAACCAUGGCUCUCCUUCUUUUCCCUCAGGAUAAUUUGGAACCCCAACUGGCCUCUCUCCUAAACCCAGAUCUUCGCCGCGAUGCUGCUGACAGCGUAAACCGAGCAAUUCUGGAGCGACAGUCUGCCAGGCGGGAGGCCGCGAUCCGUCAUCUCGUCAAGAUGCGGGCAUGGGCGGAGAAUACUGCUCGUGAUAGAGGGUCAAGUCUUCCGGAAUCCCUGGAUAUUGGCCUCAGGGGCGACGACCCGGACAGCAGCCAGACCCGGCGACUGCUCAAUGCUGAAAAUGGACAUGAGCCCAUGGUGACGAACUGA